AUGGAUUUUUGGUAUGAUAGGUGGUUGUUGAAGGCGCCCUUGGCAGAUAUGGUAUCUAUCAUUGAUCCUCCUCAUAUGCUAGUGGCAGAAUUUUACAGAGAUGAUGGCUGGAAUGUUGAGUUGUUAAAGGCUUGGUUGCCGAUGGUUAUACCCCGCGCAGUUACUUGGGCAUUGCCACCCACGUCCUCAGUAAAACUGAAUACCGAUGCUAGCGUCACCGAGGGGCUGGCCACCGGGGGAGGACUGGUGCGUACUUCAGAUGGCGACCUGGUUUUUGCAUUUUACAAGGAGUUCGGGGAGUGCGAUGUACUCACGGCAGAGGCGUUGGCGUUAUUGGAAGGUUUGCGGUUAUGUUAUGCUUGGCACAUCAUGCACUUUGUGGCUGAGGUGGAUUCGAGUGUUUUGGUGCGCAUGGUCUCCUCUUGCGGUCCUGCCCGAUGGCCUUUGGUCAAUACUCUACGUCAUAUUCAAUGGCUCUCAGGGCAAAUGGGGGUCUCAGUGGCACACAUCUAUCGAGAAGCAAAUACGGUAGCGGAUGCCCUUGCGUGCUCGCGGCCACAACAGGAUGGCGUUUUUACAGUCAGGGCUGAGCUUCCUCGGAAGGCUCGGUCCGCUCUCCAGUUGGAUAGGCUCUCAGUUCCCUCGAUUCGGCUAGGCAGGGUCCGGCAUUAG